GGUUAAAUAGAACUGUAAUCUCGCGAUAAUAUAACGCGCCUAUGUGAACGCAUGAGGCGGAUAUCCGGUCUCUUUCCAGUGGCGGACCUGAGCCGCGUCAGUCUCACAAAAUGAAGCUCAACAUCUCUUUCCCGGCCACUGGCUGCCAGAAGCUGAUCGAGGUGGACGAUGAGAAGAAGCUGCGCACCUUCUACGAGAAGCGCAUGGCCACCGAGGUGUCGGCUGACCCUCUGGGCGACGAGUGGAAGGGCUACAUGGUGCGCAUCAGCGGGGGAAACGACAGGCAGGGCUUCCCCAUGAAGCAGGGCGUUCUGACGCACGGCCGCGUCCGCCUGCUCCUCAGCAAGGGCCACUCCUGCUACCGCCCGCGCCGCACCGGAGAGCGCAAGCGCAAGUCCGUCCGCGGCUGCAUCGUCGACGCCAACCUCAGCGUGCUCAACCUGGUCAUCAUCAAGAAAGGUGAGAAGGACAUCCCCGGUCUGACCGACAGCACCGUCCCCCGCCGGCUGGGCCCCAAACGGGCCAGCAAGAUCCGCAAACUCUUCAACCUGUCCAAGGAGGACGACGUGCGCCAGUACGUGGUGAGGAGGCCCCUGGCCAAGGAAGGUAAGAAGCCGCGCUCCAAAGCCCCGAAGAUCCAGCGGCUGGUGACCCCCCGGGUGCUGCAGCACAAACGCAGACGCAUCGCGCUGAAGAAGCAGCGCACGCAGAAGAACAAGGAGGAGGCGUCCGACUACGCCAAGCUGCUCGCCAAGAGGAUGAAGGAGGCCAAGGAGAAGCGGCAGGAACAGAUCGCCAAGCGCCGGCGCCUCUCCUCCCUCAGAGCCUCCACAUCCAAGUCCGAGUCCAGCCAGAAGUAGGCUCGGCGUGUAAAGAAAAUUAAAGUUGAGGUUUUGCUCUAAA